CUGCAGUCUCACAUCAUCAUUCGCGUUUCAAUCCUCGUGUAGUGAGUUGCAAAAACUUCAGCAGCAACAUGUUGAGCAUUGUCUUCGUGAGUGUAGUCCUUGGACUGGCCAGUGCCGCUCCCCAAGGUUUUCCUCUCGAGACGUCCGAUGUGCAAGCCGCUAGAAAUGCGUUCAUCAACGAAUACAACCGUCUAGCCGCCCUCGCUGCCGCUGCUCCGGAUAUUCACAUCAUCAUGGCCAACCGCCGACUCGAUGACCCCAACCUUAACAUCAUUCCCCACCACAAUCACGUACAGGCUCCCGUUCAGAAGGCCUUCCCAGCAUUCAACAAAUUUGCCUUCUCCGCCAACCUUGGCACCAACCAGCAGUUUGUUCCUCAAGCAAACACAUUCCCCCAUCAAGCCGGACACUUGGCCGGACAUUUGGCUGGCCACCAGGUCGCUGUUCCUCAACACACAUUUGCUCCUCAGCCCCACGCAGGACCCAUCCAGAAGUGGAAUGGUCCCUUAGCUGACACAGUCCCUGCAGGAGUGCACGGCCUCCCCACCCAGGUGAUGGACACUCCUGAAGUCGCUGCUGCCAAAGCCGCUCAUUUUGCUGCCCUAAACGCUGCGUACCAAUCUGCCCCCAGAUUUCAGGUCUUCGUGAGUGUAGUCCUUGGACUGGCCAGUGCCGCUCCCCAAGGUUUUCCUCUCGAGACGUCCGAUGUGCAAGCCGCUAGAAAUGCGUUCAUCAACGAAUACAACCGUCUAGCCGCCCUCGCUGCCGCUGCUCCGGAUAUUCACAUCAUCAUGGCCAACCGCCGACUCGAUGACCCCAACCUUAACAUCAUUCCCCACCACAAUCACGUACAGGCUCCCGUUCAGAAGGCCUUCCCAGCAUUCAACAAAUUUGCCUUCUCCGCCAACCUUGGCACCAACCAGCAGUUUGUUCCUCAAGCAAACACAUUCCCCCAUCAAGCCGGACACUUGGCCGGACAUUUGGCUGGCCACCAGGUCGCUGUUCCUCAACACACAUUUGCUCCUCAGCCCCACGCAGGACCCAUCCAGAAGUGGAAUGGUCCCUUAGCUGACACAGUCCCUGCAGGCGUGCACGGCCUCCCCACCCAGGUGAUGGACACUCCUGAAGUCGCUGCUGCUAAAGCCGCUCAUUUUGCUGCCUUAAACGCUGCGUACCAAUCUGCCCCCAGACAAAAUCAUUUUUAAGCAUUAUGUAAGAAACAAAUGUUACCUGUUAUAGCAAUCGCACAUUUGUACACCUCGUCUUACACUUGAACUGUAAUCAGUUCGUUUUCUAUUGUUGAAUCUGUAGUAUGUUGUUUUACCGUCCCUCCUUACUCAGCCUUCCCCGUAGAGAGUCCCUCAUCCCUCCCCAAAUCUCCUCAAAAAUUCGAUCUCUUUACCCAAGCUCAUCGAUUCAACAACAGAAUAAGCUAUCAUCGAGUCAUUGUUUUGUAGAUGUGAUUUAUUUUAUUUGCCAUUCAAGUACACAGGAAAAUUCAA